AAUAUGUAUAUAUUUUUAAAAAGUAAAUAAUAUUAAAUAUUUAUUAAUAAAUAGCAUAAAUAUUGUGUGCUGUCUGGGUAAUGUGAAAAUUCGCAAACUUUUUAUUCAUAUCUUGUACAAUUACAAUAAACUCACCGUGUUACAAAAGUUCAGUUACAUUAGAAAAGAAAAAAUAAUCUCGAAGAUAAGAAUUAGAAAGCAGAUGGACAAUGAAUUGAUUACUUUCUCUCUCAUGAUUAAUAUCGUUACUAAUAUUUCAGUUUUAUGAGAAAUUACUUUCGACCAUAUAAUUUUGCUUCGUUGCGACGUGCCAUGCAUUUACGCCAUGAUGCACCACUUGGUACCACUUGACUGCGGUUGCUUGAACUAAACGUCGCGUCGCAGCGCUCACUUUGUUAGCAACAAUUGGGGUACGGACGACAACCAUGGCAGUGAUUAAGAAAUCGUUCCCACGUUCACGCUUUUUAGAAUACGCCCAUCUUUGCACAUCGUGCCUUUUCACGAGUUAAAGUCGCAGCACGUCGUGCCAAAUGCCUUAGUACGCGGGACAUCACGCAAUGGAAAUAACUGUUCUCCGCACCCGCUCGUCAUCGCAGACGCACAGACAUCAUUCGCACUGAUUGCUUACCUAAUCGCACGGGAAACAUGUGGUUGCAUAAGAUCGCCAUGUGUCGCUUCCUUCUGCUUCGUCUCUCGAUCGUCGGCCUUGCGCUCGCGACCCUCGAAGCGUUUGAAGAGAUACGCGAAACAAAAGUCACCUUCCUCGAGAAGACUUCCCCGAAAUCGGCUCAAUACUCCGUUCAUGAAACAACGACGCCCGCCUCGUUGUUAGAACCGGUCACCGCCAGUGACCGAGAGUCAAAAUCAUCGACCGUUGUCAUUGAGACCCACCCUCGAAACGAUUCCGAUGUCUUUAAGCCCAGCCGGCAUUUGGGUGAGAUCGAGGAACCGGCCGUUCGAUCGAGCCCUUUCAACAACCUGCAACACAUGAGGUUCGACAACAACGUUCACCUGGACACGCAACGAGAUCGGUUUCAGAGUAUCGUUCAGAACGGAUAUCAGGGUAUCUCCUCUAGUCUGGUAGAUGAGGCGACGCGAUCGAGCAGAAUUAAAUUUCAGGACGACAACGUGGCGUCAACGACGAACAUCCGUCAGCCCUUCGAUGAUCGGCAGGCCGUUACGGAUAGUUCGAGAUCUCAGUACGAGGAAGGUACCGUCGGGCACGUGUUCGUCGAUCAGACGCUCUUUCCGAGCGCCGAGAAGCCGGAGGUGCAGGACAUGUUCGGGAAAACGACGACCGAUUAUCGGUCGACCGGUAUUUACUACGAUGCCUCGAGGUCACCGUACGUCGUCAGUUAUUACGGUGAUCAGCAUCAAAAUGCUUAUCAGCCGACGUUGCAGGAGGCUGCGAUCGAGAUGUUGAAGAAGCCGGAGAAUAACGGUGUCAUGGUACUUCAGCAACACCAGUCAACUUACACGAGAAAGCGGAAGUUUCCCUAUCCGUUUUAUCAACCGACUGGCGAAUACCAAGAUGUACAGUAUAUGGAGGACCCACAUUCGACUAUGGUUUAUCCGCGAGCAAGGAGACCAUUCCCUUGGAAGAAGAUUAUUCAUCUGAUUGGUACUAUUCUGCCGCUGGGUCUGUUAAUUGCGACGUUAAAGCCCACUGUCAUACGGAUCGACAACACAACGACGAGACCUAUUAGUCAGCCGAACAUCGUUCUCUCGAAGUUCCGGCUUGCCGAUCUGCCGGUCGAACACAAGCAGACACGCAUACUCGAUGAUCAAUUGACCGUUUGCGAGGAUCGAUCAGUCUGCGAAUUGAUCUUGGCCGGCGGUGAACCACAGUCCAAUAUCUUCCAGAAUAUGUUAUGGAACUUGGCUACCAGAACUCCGAACGAUGUUGCUAAAAAAAACGGUCUCCAUGAUGUGUUCAGCGCAGUCAGGAAAAAAGACUGUACGAUGAUCAGUUGUUAAUGACUGCCUAGGAAGCCUGAGAAUCAGCAUACACGCGAUCUCUCCGCCGUGUCCGUUGAUUUAUGGUGUUAAUGUUCGCACAUUAUGCAAAUUUCACGGCUUUUUGCCGUGGAACAGCGAAAGUAUAAAAAUCGAGGAAACGUUAUAUUAAACCACAUAUAAUAUUAUCGAUUUACAUACAUGUAAUAACUCUAUCCAUAUAAGAUGUGUUCAAUUAUAUAUAAUACUAUAUUUAUAUAUAAUUGUAUUAAGAGAGAUUAACGUAUAAAUAAUAUCGAUAUUAUUAGUUACAUUAUUAAUUUACGUUAUGAAAAACGUCUCAUUUAUUUUCACGAUAGCAUUCAGCUUUAAUCAUACAUAAGGCAGCUUGUAGUUUAGCGAUUCUUAAUAAAAACGCAUGAUACCGUCAAUAUAUAAAAAUAAUUUUUUUUCUGAUCGUUUGUGUCGCGCAACGAUUAAUAAAUCUUACUUUUACAUAUAUGUAUACAAAUGAUCUUUACACGCUCGGGACGCGAAAGUUUUCAUAAAAAUAACAAAUGAAGGAAGAACGAACAGCGGGCUGGAGGAACGAAAUGCCGAGGUGAGCAAGGAGGUAUAUGUUAUUCGGAAAUUCGUUCCGCCCGUGCAUCCGUGCCGACCUCGUCCUCGCAAGUGAAAGUAGUCGCAGGGUAUAAAAGUAGGUCGGCGUUAUUCUAUGGCCAGUCCGCUGCCCAAGAAUUUACGGAUGCAGCGGACUUUCGGACGACGAAUAGGGGCUGACCAAUUAUCCCACACACCAGGCCGUACAUUACCGCUGACAAUAAUUACAAGCGGCCGGAGCAGCAAGGAGGUACACCGCAAAUUUUUAAUUAACAAGCUGCCGGCGAGAGAAACAGGUUAAAAUGGAUAAUUUGUAAUGGCUUAACGUAAUAACGCGCGCCUGCCAUUCAUUAGCGUUCGAUAUUUACGUUUCCUGAAUGUGUUUUAUUAAUGUGUUUUAUGAAAAAUUGUAUUAUACAUCUUAUGUCUCUUGUGUUAUACCAAAUGUGUGUGUGUGUGUCUGAUUUGUAACGCAAUAUUUUUUAACGAAUGGAUUUCUUUUGUCGAAAAUCGCAAUCAAUUUUUCCUAAACAAAUACGUGAUAUCUAUUAUUGCCAAAUAAUUGAUACAUAACAAAAGAAAGAAAUGACUUAAAGAACAAAUCGAUUGGUAAGAGCUUCCCGGUAAAAUAAACCUCGGGAGAGAGAACGAAACAAUCGCAUCCUUCAACUCAAUUUUAAGUGUACUGUAAUUUAAAACAGAAGAACGUUAAUUUAGGACUUAGAUAUAAAGAUGUGUAAUGCUAAUAACUAGAAAGUCGCAAUAAAUGACGAUCUCUCUCGACAUUUUCACUAAGGAAAGAAAUGACACCGAAUUAGCCAAAGAAUCUGGGAAAAUAAUACGUUAGAAAUAGAACACUGAAAUUAUUACUUCAAUCUAUAUUUAAUAAAAAAAAAAAGAAUUCAUUUAACGUGCCUGCGACAAGUAAAUAUGUACAAUUCAGUUUAUCGCAGGAAACGCAAUAUAAAAUCACAUUGUGACUUUUAAUCACGCAAAAUAUUAUAUAACAUAUAGAACGUAUUACAGUUUCUUGAACGGUAUCCACAUGACAGUACGUAUUUGGAAUGUCUUUCUUUCUUUUUUUUUUGUGGUCGCCCACCCGGAACUGUCAAGUGCAUAAUCAUCGUUAUUAUUCGAUUACUCCUGUCACUUAGGCUCUGCUAUUUAAUUAAUGAUCCUCGUACCACUUUAUUAUACACGUGACGCGCGCGGUACUCGUAGCGGCACCGAAAACGUCAGUUCGGAGUAAAUAAUGAAACGUUUUAUUUCACGUCGAUACAUCAUUUCGCGGCGAAAGUACGUUCGAGAUGUCAAAGAUGCGAUAAGUAUAUCGAUAAAGAGGAUAAUUGGCAAUUAAGAGGGACGAGCGUGUACAGUAAAAGACGAAUGCCGGAAUAGGCUUCGAAUUUCGGGUCGUCGCGGACAAAUCAACGCGCUUCACCAUUUUCACUUUAGGAAUGCAAGAAAGCAUCGAGACGGCGAUAAUCAGCCAACCUGUUCGGCGUCAAAUCGAUUAACGAUUCAUUCCGCUGAAUGAAUCCUUUGAACGCCACGAGGACCCUCGAGGACACUCUUACGGCAAAGAGGAGAAAGAAACGAAUUAUCUCAGCGUUGCGCUCCUAAAGAUCUAUUUUCUCGCGUAUCCGCAUCUAUAUGUGAUACUCUAUGGAUUUAUUUCACGUGCAAUUAAGCGAAAUUGGCGCGAGCAUCACAUCUUUUCGGAUUUAGAGAGAAACCACUUAUAGAUGCAAAAUUUGCUAUUGGAAUAUAAUUCUUUAUGACAUACACAUUUUUUGCGUAUUAAAAUACAUUUAUGCACAAAGGAAGAAUAGAAAACAGACACCUAAAUUUUCGUUUUUAUCGACUUAUAUAUUGCUGCGGCAAAUUAAACUCGUUUGAACGACCAUUUGCGCGCUACAUGCUAUUAUCCUUGAUGGUAGAAUCCGUUCUUCCACCGGACCAUUUGUCAUCUUGUCCUCGGCUGAAAAUUUUCUCUACCAAACGAACUCUCCCGAAAUAUAACGUUUCUUCUUCGACAUUAGCAUUUCUCGCGUUGUUUGGUUUUGAACGAAACUCGAAUGUCUCAAGGGUGAUCAGGAGCAGCGAUCCUUCCCCCUCAAUAAAUCUACGAAUCUCGCUUGAA